AAGUAUAACGAGUUAAAUGCUAUACUUGAUAUUUUGAUUGUAAUAAUAUCUAUAAACAUUAUACGUGAAAAAAGUUAUAAAUCUUUUUCUUUAUUAUUAUAAUAAUAAUUAAAAUGACUUCAGACGAACAUUAUAUAUGUCAAAGGGCUGCAAAUGCUAUUAUUUCUGAAAUAGGACCUUUUAGAGUAUCAACUGAUGCUUUACAAACUAUCAACCAAUUUUUAGACGAAUUUAUAGUACUUUUAUUGACUUGUUCACUUUCAUUAGACUUAUCACAGAUUAAAACUGCUAUUUUCAAUUUAUUACCAUCGACAUUAGGAAAGAAUGCUAUUGUAGAAGCUGAACUAGAGGUUAAAUCGUUUACAGAGAUAGAGUCCAUUGAUUACGAUCUGUAUGAACGUAUGCGUAAGUUGGAAGGUUCUCAGUUUCCUAUAGAAAAAGCCAUCCCUUUAUUAAGAGAGAAAUGUUUUCAGUAUUGUACAUUAGCAGAUAAGGAAGACCAAAUACAUUUACAAAGGAGAAUGAAACAUAAUAACGAUUCAGUUAUCGUCAUUUCACCGAUUGUAGCUAUAUAUGUCACAACAAUUAUAGAACAUGUAGCAGAAUAUCUGUUAACAGCUGUAGCAAUGACAGCAGAGCAUGAAGAUACUGAUUAUAUUCGAGUAAAAGAAGUGUUUUUGGCUUUGAUUGAUGAUAUUCAAUUAGGGCAUGUCUUCCAAAAAAUGAGUUUAAAAGAUAAAAUGGAGAAAAGAGCUGGAGUAUUCCAAAGUUAUAGAUCACCCUACUUAUCAUCAAUUAGCAGUAGAAAAAGUUAUACAACAACAGUUGAUAACGAAACUGAAUCUUUUCUCAAUAUUUCUUUUGACGAUCUUGAUUUGGACUAUCUUGAAGAUAAUUCACAAACAAGCACGUUAUCGGCAAAAAUACCCGACAUAACUAGACCCCAAUCUACCAUGUCACAUAAUACCGUUAAUAGUCGAAAAUCGACCUACCAUCUCUUUAAAAACAAUAGAAACUCAUUAGCUAAUAGUAAUGCAUCACCACGUGCGUCUGUCUAUGACCCAGAUUUACCUAUUAUGAAUUUUGAUGAUUUAAUCAAAUCAGGAGAAACUGUCAAAGUCUCGCUUACACCAAAUAGAUUAAAAUCCAUUGAAACUAAAGAUGAGCUUGUGGUUCCUGAACCAAAAUGGGAACGACGUUCAAUCUCAUCACAACGACUCUCUGAACAUAUUGUGUCAAGACCUUCUUCACCGCUUGCCCGACAUAAUACAAAUUCAAGUCAUAAUGUCAAAAGUAAACAAAGAGCUUCAAAAACAUCUUCUAUUUCUUCUUCUAUAGCUUCAAUAUCCAACAUAACUACUACAACGACCACUACUACAGCUUCUUCAUUAAGUAAUGGUUCUUUAGAUGAUUACCAUCAACAGUUAUCAAUUGAAGUUGCAAAAAUUAAUAUUCGAAACAAUGAAACACCUACUUCUCCCCUUAGUAAAAAAAGCUUUAUUGUUACAGAUUCUAAUCGAUUUGAAAACCCUCGUGAGGCACCGAAGCCACCGAUAACGCCACUUACAGCAUUAUCACCAAAAAGCAAGACAAUGAAUACCAUUAUAGAUACGACGCCAAAAAGCAUUUAUAAGCCGCUACCUUCUAGUUUGUCCAGUCCAACAACUACAGACAUUAAACAAAGUAAGGCUUUAUCAAAGAAUUCGAAAUCAACAAAUAGCUUGUCUCUUGUAGAGGAACCUACCUCUUCUAAUAAAAAGGCCUCUACAAUCAGUAUAAAAUCGCCCAAAAUAUCCCCCUUUAAACAUUCAAGGACAUCAUCUCCAGAACUGAACGUCCCACAAACAUCAAAGUCAAAUAAUUCGACUAAUACUUUUAAUACCAAUGGAAUGAUUAUUAGAAGAAGUAGUAUGAGUAGUAAAAAAAGCAGAGAAAGUUUACGCAAAUCAAAAGAAGAAGAAAUAAAGCGAGAGCCAUCUAAUGAACCACCUCUACCGUCAACAACAAAGAUUGCUAAAAAGCAUUAUAACGAAGAAAUGAUUAAAACUUUAACAGAUGAGCCACAAGAAUAUAUAACAGAGUUAAACACUACUUGUUCUAUUACUAGUAUUAAUAAUGCAGUUAAAACUGAUUUCAAUACAAGUCUAUUUGUAAGGUUAAAUGAUCACCAUCUAGAAGAUUACAAUACAGAUACAAUUGGCAUAAACAGGGUAUUCAAUAAUAUAGACAGUGGCAAUGGAUUGAUAACUCAAGAUAAAAUGAAUAAUAGCUUGUCUCCUGAAAGGCCUUCAAGUAUAGUUGCCAAACGUGUAUCCAUGCUUGGGAAUAAUCGACGUCAGUCAUUGCAUGAAAGUUAUGCAACAGAAAAAUAUAAUCAAGAUAACUUAUUGCAUCAACGAGUGAGUGCGUCUAUUAAGCAAUGGGAUGACAAGGUUGAGCAGCGAGAAACUACUGCUACGCCUGUCCCUCAUAGACGUUCUGUAUUAAGACAAUUACAGCUCAGGGAGCAAGAGGAGCAGCGUACUCAUGGUGUAUUGGACAAAGUAUUGAAAUUUGAACGUCGUGCUUCUUCUUUGGAUGAAUUUACCCGGAGGGAACGAUUUAUGUAUCUCCAGCAGGAUCCUUCGGUUAUUGAAAAAAAGUCAAGUAUCUUGACUACAGGUCAAAAACGACUCUACGUUAAACCACUCGUAUAUCGAGCCUUAGGGAUUGAUCAAACUACUCAAACUGAUUUCCCUGAUGAUACUAUUAUAGACAAGGAUGAAGAAAUUCAUGGUAAGGUUGAGGGCGAUGAAGAAUGGUUUUUACAAGAUUGGGAUGAUCAAGAAGAGGUUACCAUUGUGGAAUGGCUUCUUGGGGAAUAAAAUAAAUAGUCACACUUAUUGCUCUAGCCAAUAAGACACAAAUACAUCAUUUCUUAUUAAAUCUAUAAUAUUUUGGUUUUUUUUUA